UUGUUUUUGGUUAUUUGUUUAUAAUCGCGUGUUAUUUUUCUCGUAUUUCUAUAAUAUAUGCGUGUGUGUGUAAACUUUCCAUAUUAUUUGCAAGAAACAUUGACAGUGAAGGAGGUCAAUAACUGUGCUGUGUAAUAAUAACGCAGGGUGAAAAAUCAAUAAUUGUAAAUUCGUUGAAUAACCCCGAAUAAUUAUAAAUAUACACACAAUCAAAAUGCCCCUUGGAACGUUUGAUAUAUGGGAUACCCUAGUGUUGGUGAGCAUUUUAAUAAUAUCAGCACUGAUCGGCAUAUACUACCGGUAUACGGGCGGCAAGCAGAAGACAACACAGGAGUAUCUCAUGGCCGAUCAGAGCAUGACCACAUUUCCGGUGUCCUUUAGCCUGAUGGCCAGCUUUAUGUCCGCCAUCUCACUGAUGGGUGUCUCCAACGAGUCGUAUCAGUUCGGCACCCUAUUCGGUGCCAUAAACAUAUCGUAUGUGCUGAGCACUCCGAUUGCCGCUUACAUAUUUCUGCCAGUCUUCUAUCGAAUGCGCACGACAAGUGUCUACGAAUAUCUGGAACGACGCUUCGGCCAUGCGACACGUCUGGCGGCUUCCAUGGCAUUCACCUUGCAAAUGGUGCUCUAUAUGGGCAUUGCACUCUAUGCGCCUGCUCUAGCACUGGAGGCGGUGACGGGCAUUCCGCGAGGCACGGCCAUACUUGUCCUGGGCCUCGUGUGCACCUUCUAUUCCACGCUGGGCGGCCUAAAGGCUGUGCUCAUCACGGAUGUCUUUCAGUCGUUCCUCAUGUUCGCUGCCAUUUUUGCUGUGAUUGGUGUGACGGCCAUUCGAGCUGGUGGAUUGGGAGCCAUCUGGGAUGUGGCCCAGGAGCGCGGUCGUGUACAGUACUUCGACUUUUCAAUGGACUUGACCGUUCGUCACACCUGGUGGUCAUUGCUAAUCGGCGGCAUGGUCACUUACCUCUCGCUCUACGGCGUCAACCAGACGCAGGUGCAGCGGCUUCUGAGUGUGCACAAUUUAAAGAGUGCCCAGUCCGCCCUUUGGUGGAAUUUGCCCAUUCUGGGCAUGCUUAGCUUUAGCACCAUAUUCAGUGGAUUGGCCAUCUUCUAUUACUACCGCGACUGCGAUCCUGUGCUCAAUGGACGCAUCAAAUCGCGGGAUCAGCUUAUGCCACUCUUUGCAGUGGAUACAAUGGGUCAAUAUCCAGGACUCUGUGGACUUUUUGUUUCGGGUAUUUUCUCGGCGAGCUUGUCGACAGUAUCCUCGGCCGUCACUUCGCUCUCGGCCGUUACGCUGGAGGACUAUCUGAAGCCACUGUACAAGACCAUCUUCAAGCGUACGCUCAUCGAUUCCCAGUCAACGCUGCCCACCAAGAUCAUUGCCUGCAUUUACGGACUGCUCUGCAUACUGUUGGCCUUUGGCGCUGGUUCGAUGGGUGGCGUGCUGCAAGCCUCAUUGACAAUCUUUGGCGUUGUGGGCGGGCCACUGCUUGGCAUUUUCACCCUGGGCGUGUGCACAGUGCGUACGAAUCAGCGUGGCGUACUCCUGGGCUUCUUGCUAGGCCUUACGUUUUCCUUCUGGAUUGGCUUUGGCGGACCGAAGCCGGCCCCAACACCACUGCCAUUGAGCACCACCGGAUGUGAAUUGAGAAAUGUAACCGAAGUGGCGCAAGCGGUGCAGGCGACGAUGUCCGGAGCAGAGCCGCACUUCUUUUGGCUAUAUCGCUUAUCAUAUCUGUGGUUCUGUGUGCUGGGCUUCUUAAUCACCAUUGCAAUCGGCUACUGUGCCAGCUUAACGCUCACUCACUUCAACAUGGCGGACAACUCUCAAAUCUAUUUCGAUAAGUGCCACAAGCAGCUGGACUAUGAUUUGUUUGCGCCGAUUCUCUCGCGACGCUGGCGACGACAACAGCUGGCGAAGCAGGCGCAUGCUAACCCAGACGAAGCGCUGACAAAGUUAACACUGGCAACUGGGGCCAUCUAAUAAGCGAAAUCUAAUUUAUUUUAAUUGCUAAAUGACAUAGUAUAAUUAGCUUAACUGUGGGAAUUGCUUGCCAAAAAAUACUAGCAGCUGUUUCAGCAGUUGUCGUACCUAAACGUGCAUAACAGUGUGACCUACUUGUAUACCUGCGUAUAACUAUAAAUGAUCAACUGCUAAGGGCGCAAAUUACGUCUUCCAUUUUGCAAGAGCAUACAACUAUAUA